CCGGUCGUAACAAGGUGCUAUACGAUAAGCCAUCGAAAAUGAAAGACAGAGAUGAGCGUGAAUCAAUGAGAACGAAACGAAAUAGCCCCCCCUGUAGGAUACUUCUUGUAAGCAUGCGAUCCCAAAUUAAUUUUAUUGUAGUAAAUCUUAAGACGCUAUAUUUUAUGAUUUAACAUUGAUAAGGUUAGAAUGUGAUUUUUAUAUAUAACCUCAAAGUAAACAUCUUGUGUUUGUGUAACAUAACCUAAACUAAAUAUAACGAAUACUACAUGUACAAGUUGUUAUAAAAUAUAUGUUGGAACUGAUAUUUACUUGCAAUGGAAGAAUAUCCUACCAUCAAUGUACGUUUGGCUGUGAACAGAGUUGAUUUUAAUUUAAUCAAAGGCGAAGACAUUCAACCGCGAAUAUACACGCCGGGUGAAGAAAUAUCUAGCCAACCUGAUUUUUUAAGAGGUCACGGAACAUACGUCGACGACGAAAACACGUUACGCGCGUCUGUAGCCGGUGUAUUAGAAAAAGUAAACAAGCUCAUUUCAAUAAGACCACUGAAAGCACGUUAUCAAGGCGAAAUAGGAGACGUUGUUGUUGGUCGCAUAACUGAGGUGCAACAAAAGCGUUGGAAAGUUGAUACAAAUUCGAAACUUGAUUCUGUACUUCUAUUGUCCAGUGUUAAUUUACCUGGAGGAGAAUUGAGAAGAAGAUCUGCGGAAGAUGAACAAACUAUGAGAAGGUAUCUCCAGGAGGGUGAUCUAAUUUGUGCAGAAGUGCAAAGUACUUUUGUAGAUGGUUCACUUUCGUUACAUACUAGAGUUUUAAAAUAUGGUAAAUUAUCUCAAGGAAUAAUGUUAAAAGUUUCACCGGCUCUUAUAAAACGAAAGAAAACACAUUUUCAUAAUUUGGAAAGUGGUGCAAGCUUGAUAUUAGGAAACAAUGGUUACAUAUGGAUUGGUGCCAGUAAACAGGAUACCGAUAGAUCAGAGGGUGGCUUUACUCAAGAUUUAUCUAGGAUUCCACAAACGAAUCGUGAAGUUUGUGCAAGACUACGUAAUUGCAUCUUGAUUUUAGCACAAUGUAACAUGCAUUUGACCGAUACAUCUGUUACGUAUGCUUAUGAAGAAUCAAUGAAGUAUAAGGUAAAUGACUUAAAUAUGGAUGCGUGUUUUACCGCUUUUGAUAAAGAUGAAGAUGGAUAUUUAUCUACUACAGAAUUUGAACUUAUUUGUCGUGCACUGUUUCGUAACGAUCGCGGAAAGGUUUACACUCUAGAAAAAAAUCAGUUGCAUGAAAUAUAUUCCAUAUUCGAUUGGAAAGGAGAUGGGAAGAUCGACAGAGAAGAAUUUGAGACGUGCUGGAAUCGUUGGAUUAAAGUAUGCUGCCGUCCAAAGAGUGCUUUCCUGAUUGUGGAUGUGCAAAACGAUUUUAUAACAGGAUCUUUAGACAUCAAGCAAUGCGCCGCGGAACACGAUGGUUUGGAAGUGAUUGAACCAAUUAAUCGACUGUUAGAAACUGUACAAUUUGAUGCAGUGUUCUAUUCUCUUGAUUGGCAUCCUGUAGACCAUGUGUCUUUUAUCGAUAAUUUACAUCUUAGAGAAAUUGAUCCUAGCAGCGAAAUUUCAAAAGAAGCAGCGCAAGUUUAUGAUACAAUUACAUUCAGAGGACCACCGUUAUUAAAACAACGUCUUUGGCCACGUCACUGUAUUCAGGAUUCUUGGGGUGCAGAGCUUCACAAGGAUCUAAAGGUCAUCGAUAACGCAAUUAAAAUUUACAAAGGAACUAAUCCAGAAGUUGAUUCGUACUCUGUUUUUUGGGAUAAUAAAAAAAUGCAGGACACUAGUUUAUCCUCGCAACUACAAGAAAUAGGAGUAACUGAUAUAUACAUUUGUGGUUUAGCUUAUGAUGUUUGCGUUGGAGCUACUGCAGUUGAUGCACUUAAAUGCGGCUAUCGUACUAUCCUUAUUGAUGAUUGUAGUCGAGGCGUAGAUCUUGUUGAUAUUGAAAAAACGAAAUCUAAUGUCAUAGCUAAUAAUGGCGUAAUAGUGAAUUCUAAUCAGGUAAAAGCAAUGGUUGAGGGAAAGGAUCGUCGACCGGAACUUGGAUACAAGUUGGCCUUAGAAAUUAAAGAGAAAUUAGAUUGUCUAGAUGUUGACAAUGCUAACGAUGAGACUUCUACAUAGAACGAAAUUAACAUAAAAAUAACUAAAAUAAAAUUAGUAUACAAAUUUAUAAAUACAGUGUAACUCCACGCAUCACGGAGAAAAUUCUGUUAAAAGCCGUUAUAGCGUAU